CUCUCUCUGUCUGUCUCCGAAUGUUUACUCGUCCCUUUCUCUUCCUCUCCAUCUAGUUUUCUAGCCUGCAUGUUCCCCUACAGCUUACUUUAUCCCAGAUCCAUAUGUCCGUUUUUGUCACGCCUUCCUUUUCUUCCCCUAACCAAAGAAUUCCCCUCUCACGCUCCUCUCUUUUCUCCCUGGCAGCCGUGUUGACACUGACGAGAGGGGAAGGACUUAUCCCCCCACCGCCUCUCAUCACAGACCAGCCUUACUUCGAUUCCUCCAUGAGGGUGAAUCAGACAGCACACGUUGGGAGGCAGGCCGAACUUCACUGUCGCGUUCACUCCAUUGGAAACAGAACGGUGUCAUGGAUCCGAGGGCGGGACUUAAGAAUCCUGACAGUGGGUCGCUACACCUACACGACGGACCUUCGCUAUGAGGCGCUGCAUCAGAACGGCACCAACCAGUGGACGCUUCGAAUUAGGUCAGCCCAGCCACGUGACCAGGGCACCUACGAGUGUCAGGUCAGCACGAAGCCAGUCAAGACCUUCAAUGCCUACCUCAGAGUACUGGAGCCCCGCGGGGAGAUCUUGGGCUCGCCUGACUUAUACGUGCAGAAAGGUAGCAUGAUCAACCUGACGUGUGUGUUGCACGACCUGCCAGAUCCGCCCCUAUACGUGCGUUGGUACCACAGCAAUAAACACCACAGCAACAGGAACAUAAGCUAUAGCAGCAGUCGUGGGGGCGUGUCUAUGAUCGUGGAGAAGGGUCCCACCACCAUCAGUCACCUGCUCAUCACUUCAGCUCGCGUAGAGGACAAAGGCGUGUACACCUGCGCAGCCUCCAAUCUUAAUUCCACUUCCGUCACGCUGCACGUUCUCAAUGGAGAGUAUCCAGCUGCCAUGCAGACCAACAGUGCAGCUUCUGUAUUCAAGAGCCUUAGUCUACUCCUGGCUGCUAUCGUUGCCAGAAUACUUUGGCAAGGAUGGGUUCAUGGUACCUAAGUCUCUGCCCUUGCAGGUCAUGUCUGAAGGUGUUGAGAAAUGUGUAAUUCUGCCAGACUCCAAGAAACUGCGCUGUUCCAUUACUGUCACGAUGUCAUGAAGAUCAAAAAACCAGACUUACGACGUGAAGAUGAAAUGUAUCAAGGGGAAAAAUCAGAACGGCGCCACACAUCCAGAGGAGCUGCAACAUACCUUCUCACCUUCUUAUGUGUCCUUUCUCAGUGGCCGUCCCUUGUGUGUCAGCCUUGCUGAUUUUUUUUUUUUUUUUUUUUUUCAUUUUGUCUUUACUUUUUUGACCACUGAGAUUCAGCCCAUGUAAAAAAGCUUCUGUCUAUAUUUUUUUUUUAUGUAAAUAAAUAUUGUGUAACAAUAUUCAAAAUCGUGUUAGUACGCCAUUGCCUGAAAAAAAAUGCCUAAAAACUAAAUAUUAAAAAAAUUAUAACUUUUUUAAAAAAUAAUAAAAAAUAAAAAUAAUAUUUUGGAGGUUAAGGAAAACUACAAGAAAACCUGCAUGUGAGACGAGUUGUAUGAAAUAUAUACUCAGGUGAUGAACGCUGCAUUUUGAUUGAUAACUGGUAAGGAAUAAUGUAUUAUAUUCAUUGGUAAUACCGUCUUGUGACUUUUUUUUUGGAUUUUUCUGUUACAUUUUCUUGUUUUAUGAUUGAAGAACAUAAUAAGCAACAUUAAUGUUAACGUGUGCUGUAGAUAUUUAUACAUUCCUAGGUAUUUAUAAUUUUCCAUAAAUCAAGAGCUGGUACUCCAUGAAACCAUUCGGUUGUGCCUUCCUUAGCAAUUGUGCUGUAUGUAGGUGUGCCAUUACUGUAUGGUAGCACAAACAAAAAGUAUGCUGUUCCUGCACUCCUGUCCCAAAUAAUGUUCAGUCUUGUUACAGAACAUACUGAAAGUUAAUGGGUCAGUAAACUUUGUUGUUACCAGGACCGGAGAUCUUCAGAGGUCAUUUCAUACUACUUAUCAUCUCAACACAUCCACUUUCUGUUCACAAAGAAAAGAAAAAUAAAAACACAAACAUAGUUUCAGUAAUCUAACAGAAUUUUCUUGUUCUGUGAUAAGAUAACUGGUUCAAGCUCCUGAACGGUAAUAGCUCAGCA